GUACACGUAUAUGUAUCAUGGCGACAAUACCAUACAUAAAUGCAACUAAUGAAGGCGCGAGGUACAUAAAUGUGAUAGUGUGUAGGUGCCGUUCUCUGGCCCGAGAUUACUGUCGCGUAAAAGAAAAAGGGGCACCGAGACCACGCCGUCGCCGCGACGGUCCAGAUACUAUCUGGUGUAUUCUGAUGAAAGAGGACAGUUGUUCGCACGUCAGCAGUGAAUUGAAGAGAGAGCUUCGGGCACGUGGUGAUGGCUCACAAGCAUCUGGAGCUAUGCAAGUCGUCGCAGAGCUGGAGCUCGGGAUACUGCUGUAUCCAUGCAAGCACGCAACGACAGAGUCGCUCGUCAUUGCCAAGCUCGACGUCGAAUCAGGAAACGGCCAAAAACCAAAAUUAUGGACUGAUGUGAUCCCUCUCCAUUUCCCUACAUUAUCCUUCCUCUCUCUCACGUCCGUUCAAGACUUGCAACCCUCUUUGCACCCUUCUGAUGUAACGAGGUGCCUUUCACCAACAUCACAAAACCCUCUGCCAAUGCCACCGAAGCGCAAGAGAUCCACCACCGUGUCCUCGAUCAAAAAAACAGACAUGGACCCUGCCCAGCCCUCCUCUCGCGACGCCUCUGACGAAGGUGCCGAGGAUCCCGUUCUUCAGCGAGUCGCGUCCAAAAAAGAACGCCAGGCCGAUGUUCACACUCCCGCCAAACGAACUCGCUCCGUGAAGAGCGCUGCCGACGCCGACGCCGACAACGAGAGCGAGAACGAAGAGGCCGACCGUGCAGCCAAGAAAACCAAGCGCGAGGACACAGAUGGCGAGCACGGCGAGAAUGGUGAGGCGGGCACCAUGAGGAUGGAGGAACCGCCAAAGGCAGGUUUGGUUGACCCUGUUGGUUACAAGACCAACCCUCCGCCUCCGGGACGACCCGUUCGAGUAUACGCUGAUGGUGUCUUCGAUCUCUUCCAUAUUGGUCACAUGCGCCAGUUGCAGCAAGCAAAGACCGCUUUCCCAGAUACCGUCCUUAUCGUCGGUGUCACCGGCGACAAGGAGACACAUCGACGAAAGGGUCUCACCGUUCUGUCGGCGCGUGAGCGUGCCGAAAGUGUGCGACACUGUAAGUGGGUAGACGAGGUGAUUGAAGAUUGCCCAUGGGUCGUCACAACGGAAUUUUUGGAACAGCACAAGCUCGAUUACGUCGCCCACGACGACCUGCCGUAUGGUGCUGAUGAGGGUGAUGACAUCUAUGGGCCUAUCAAGGAGAGGGGCAUGUUUCUGGUAACUCAGCGAACGGAGGGCCUGAGCACUACCGGUAUCAUCACAAAGAUUGUUCGGGACUACGACCAGUAUAUCGAUCGCCAGCUUAAGCGUGGCACAUCGCGCAAGGAGCUGAAUGUGUCUUGGUUGAAAAAGAACGAAUUGGACUUCAAGCGAAACAUGGCCGAUCUACGUGAUAGCAUCAAAUCCAACUGGGCGACCACCGGCCAAGAGCUCACCAAAGACUUCCGUCAGUUCUGGCAGUCUAGCAGACCUGCAAGUCCGGCCAGGACGCCGACUCAAGAAAGGACGCAACAAGAGUUGGCCGCAAGUGCUACGUCUCCUUCCGCCCUGUCGCGAUUGAGCCAUCUCGACAUCCCUAGCCGCGGUCAAGAGAGACAAUCCUCUGAGUUUGCGGCUGGGUACAGCCUGGGUUUGAUCGGCGGUGUCCGUUCAUGGAUGGCAAGAAGUCGAAGAAACCUCAACGACAGCAGGCCACAAAGCCCUCUGAGCGAUGACGAGUCCGGCGAGCAGGACGAACGGUCACCGCGUGGACGCUCUGGCAAACAAUCGUCGGCAGCAACCGACGACAUGGAUGUGCGUUCGUAAAAUACACACAGCCUGCACCGCACAUGCACCGCCACAUGUAACAAUUUGCUAUUCCUACUAUUUUCCUCCUAAGAUUGCAACAGAUCCCGCUACAAUCUCAUUGGUUUUCGUCUUGAUUUCUCCACCUUUCAGUUUUCCUACCCUUCCCAACUGCUUGUUUCUCAACCAGUGAGGCAGCUUGCGCGUCCCCUUCCGACCCGAUUCAGCUUAAUGUGUGUGCAAUUGAGAUGAACUCGCUGGAGAACUCCGACUUCGACGUAGGAUGUAUUAUUGCAGUUAUGUGACGGCGAGAGAAGUGCGCGGUAAUGCCUGGAGUGAAACAUACGUGUGCUGUGCUGUUAGCUGCUGACGCAAUCCAGUACAGAUAUGAUACAGUAAUAGAGAUUCUUGUCCUCUUCUUCCCUUCGCGCUUUUUUUUCCCUCGCUUUCCAAAUCUCGGCAACUUAGAUAUUGUUUUUUACAUCGUCUUCGUUCUUGAUGUUGAUUGCUAUGACACGGACCCCACUCACUCACCUGCUACACGAACAAAAUGAACCGCACGUUCCCAAAACCGCCAUCUCUGAAUCCACUGUUGAGUAUUUGCUAUAUUCUACUCGCACCAUUCCCCUCCCCACAAACGUCUUCUCUCGUGACAUGGUAGCACCGCGGCAAUGUGGCAAGCAAGCCAGCAAGCACUCAAGCAAUCAGACAAGCAAGCAUCCACG